CAGUAAUGUGACACUUUCUGAAGCCUACAUGGAUAUCCAAUAUGAGACAGAGUUUACCUGAAUAAUAAUGGCAGGAAAUAGUGCCAUAGAAGUUGAGCGAUCAGAUUUUGUAACAUGCGAUUCCGCUACAUCCAACAACGAAGCCAGACCAGACUCAAGCGAUGGCGAGAGUUGUCUUUGCAGAAACAGCAAAUCGCAACAAAAAUAUGUCAUGGCCUGCGUUAUUAUUCUGUGCUUGGCAGUUACCUGGGUUACAAGCACACAGCUUUGCCAGGAAACCUAUGUUCCCAAUCAGUUUCAUUCACCUCUCUUGUGCAUGUAUUUUUGGACAGUUUGGUUAUUAUUAUUUUAUCCUGCGUAUGUUGCUAUUGAAUUAAUUCUGUCAAAAGGAGAUUUUCCUGUUAAACAGACCUUGAGAGAGAAUAUACUCAUAUAUGGACCAUACAAUUUUCAUCCGGGCCAUUUUGCCAUUAAGACAAUCACUCUAUGCUUUCUGUGGGGGGUGACCGGUUACUCAUACGUUCGAGCCCUGGACCCGAGUUUCCUGGGAGCCACGGAUAUCUCUGCACUAUUCUCCACCAAUCACACAUUCGUCUAUAUGCUGUCUUGGAUCGUUUUAUUUGAAAAGUUUGUGCCACUCAGGGUAAUUGCACUCAUUUUGUCCAUUUCCGGAGUUGUGUUGUUUGCUUACGCCGACGGAUUGGGCUCUCACUCGACUUGGGGCGUCGUUCUAGCCAUCUGUUCCUCGUCAUCUCUGGCAGUAUUUAAGGUUUUAUUCAAGAAAUGGAUAGGGCGUUUAGGUUUUGGACAACUGUCCAUGUUUUUAUCGAUCAUGGGCCUUGGUAAUCUUCUAAUGUUAUGGCCAGUGAUAAUUGGACUACAAUAUUCAGGAGUGGAGUAUAUAAGAGCCAAUGUACCCUGGAAUCAACUCUUUGGAACAGCUGCUCUAAUGAUAGUGUUUCAGUUUUUAUCAAACUAUACAGAGUGUCUGACAAACGAAUUGGUGACGGGUCUUGGUAUGGUAGUGGCCGUCCCUAUGUGCGCAGUUUCGGAUUAUAUUUGGAGAAAUCGUCAUUUCAAUGGUAUGAAGUUCUCCGGAGUGGUGCUGUCUACUUUAGGCCUUAUAUUGGUACUAAUGCCUGACACAUGUUUUAGCCAAGCCUGUUCAUCAUGCGUGAAAUAUACUCACACAAAACAAACCAUUACACAGCCAGAAAGAAGAGGAAGGCGAUCUAGAAGGGAAAUUAGUCGAGCCUGA